ACGGCGCCGGCCAGGCGCAGGCGCGCUGCCGCUUAUUGUGUUGGGUGAGAAGGAGCUGAGUGAAGAUGCGCAGGGUUAGCAGUCGUCUUUGCGAUGAGGACAUUGAACCAGAGGAGCUGGAAACCGAAGGAGAGAGACAGUUACAAAACCUCCUGAAACACCAGCUGGACACAUCAGUAUCCCUAGAAGAAUGCUUGGCCAAGAAGAAAUGCUUUGCUCCUGCUGCCUUGUACAAGCCAUUUGGCGACCAGGCAGCAGGGGCACUCAGUUUGUCUCAGUUCCAGGCUCUACAGGAAGGCGAUGGGGAGAUUGCCAGCUUGAGAGAGCUUGGCCUGACAGAUCGAGAAAUUCAGCUUUGGCAAGAUAGGGAAUCUCUAGUCAAGUUUUCCGGACUUGGAGCGGAUCCCGCGGCCGUGCAGGAACGACUCCGCGCCAUCGAGGAGAAGAUCGAAGAGCGACAGCGCCUUCGCUCGAUGCCGCAGAGGUUUGCGGGGAGUAAACCACUGAACAGGAGGGAGAUGGAAAUCGAAAAGGCCAUGUUCCAGGGAACAGAUCGCUACAGCUUUCUGAAAGCGCUGUAUUACCAAGAUGUGACUUCUGCUGUUUCCACUUCAGAUGAGAAGUGUAUAAGAGACCAGAGUGAUCCUAUCAAACAGCUGGAAAUGAUUUGUGACCAUUUGUUACCAAAAUCUGAGAGCAAUCCCAGCGAAACGGGAGAUCCUUCAAAGAUCAGGCCACGGUCUUCAAUGGAAAUCCCUUCCACAGCGACCAGCGAAGUUGGCCCGCACAGAGGUGUGACGGGUCCAUAUACACAAUCGUACUGUGACGUCAGUCCUGCUGACCAGUGGGGAAAUCAGCGACAAGAGGCCAAAGUGGAGAGCAACAGGAGGUUCUCUGUCAAAGUGCCCAUCAGAACCCUCCCCAGUGCUGGGCCUCACAGCCCUCAGAGAGUGACUCAGCAAGUGGAAUCUGUUCCCGAAGAAGAGAUCAGGAGGAAUAAACUUUCCGAGGAGGAAAUCCGAAUGAUUCCCAGAUUUUCAAGCUAUAAUCCAGGGCAACCAAGCCGGGUCCUGUACUUGAAAAACCUGAAUCCCAAAGCUACGCUAGAGGACCUUUUCUCCUUGUUUGUUUCGUUUCAGGAGAGGGAUGGGCCUCAGCUUCAUUUCAGGUUACUGACAGGUCGAAUGAAGGGACAAGCAUUCAUCACCUUCCCAAGUGUUGAGAUGGCAACAGAAGCACUGACUCUGGUGAAUGGCUACAACCUCAUGGGCAAGCCGAUAAUUAUAGAGUACGGACAACAUGGAUGUGACCAGUGAUUUGGUUGUUCCGAAAUGAUGGCUGAAAGGAAUUUCAGUGCAAUGGCCUUUUCAGUCACUGGAGCCAUAGGCACACUGCAAGACUGAAACGUGGCCGACACUAAUCUGUCUACAAGGGACAGAAUUUCAGAUCUGUUGGUCCAUUUGCUCACCUGAAGUUUCAUUGCCAUAAAAUCAUCAGAAACAACCAUCUGUAUAUAACUCACACCUUCACUGGUUUCAAAAAAAGCAAAUGAGCAAGUCAAUGUUCACCCGAAACCUCCAAGUCACCCUGAGGCAUUCAGACAAGGAGGUGCAGAUUUUAUCCUUGGCCUGUGCUGAAUUGGCUUGUCUCAGAAGGCACGAUUAGUGUCCCUGGGCUAGGGAAACAAAAAUAGUAGCCAAGUUUUGUACACCUAGUUGUCAAGCGAAGUCAAGAUUGAGGUCAACUGAGUGUUCUCUCUUUACCAUAACUCCUUUUCUGGUGAUUAAAUAUCAAUCUUGCUCCUAUGGUCUACGUGGAGAAUACAACUGGAGUGCCAGCUAGGUCUUUGGGUACAGACCUUGUCCUGAACCACCAAAAGCAAGAUCUUGGGGUUGGGAAAAAGUAUGCCCUUGGCUCACUUUGACACUUAUUCACCUACAUAAUGAGAUCAUUUCUGCAUCCUCUGAAUGCUUUGUGCUUUUUGUGAUCUUGUUCGCGCAGACCAACUCGCGUUGAGGGAAUGUUUCAACCUUUACUUUGCCGUAAAACUCCCAAAAUCAGCACUUCACACUAUGACAGAUGUCCAGCGAAAUUUAAAAAGAAACCAAUGUAGAUGAGCUAUUUGGCCACACAGUAAAGAAGUGUGAAAAGCAGAAGAGGAUGGGAUGCACCAUGGAGUGAAAAAAGGCCCUGGAGCACUUAGAAUAAGAAAGAGAAACCAGAGUUUCCGAGCCUCACCCUCCACACGGAGCGUGUCUUUACUUACUGUGUUUGUUUAAAUUAAAAAGAAUUAUUCACGUGUGAGGGUUAACUUGUUCGAUCUCUUGUAACUACAGAGCACCUCUGUUAGUUUUGUCAGCUUGUACCUGUUAUAGGUCUGAGUACCAAAAACACCCAGUCACAUGUUGAGAAUAGAAUUCCUGCCCCCAUCAAACAUACAGUGAGUUGCAGCUUGUGAUUUUGUCGAUUUGUGCUAUUUAAUCUUAUUUGGAUGGGUACAUUUUGCAGCAAGCCAGGAAUCCUUUCCUGGUUAAUUGCAGUGCAUUUGAGUACUGCCUAAGAGCACUCCCCUGCAGUAACGCUUCCGUUCACAAAUGAUCGUUUCCUGCGCAGGGAAAUAUUCUGGUUCAUUGGGCAGAUGCAGAUCGGGAUAGAGUGUUGGCUUGUGAUUUUCAUUAUACACUCUUAUCCUCAGCAGUGAUUUAGGUGCAAGUUUCCAAAGAUAAGUCAUUUAAUUGUCCACUCGUGUGGUUCAAGAAUCGCCUUUGGAUGCAAGUAGUUGUGUGAAAAGUAAAAAUAAGGAACAGUUUAAAAAUUCCUCCAUGACCAGGAAUUAUAUUUAAUUUUUUAAAAUAUAUAUGCAGUCAUUAAUGCCAGAGCUCAGUGUUAAUGGUUUUAUGUUUUUUUUACAUUGUAUCUUUUCUGUGAGCAAAAGGUUUGUUGUGACAACUCAUUUGUGAUGACUAUCCACGUAACAGCAACGCAACUGAGCAGAAUAAUUUCAAUUGGAAAAUUGACCUAGGACUAGGAUGUCCUCCACACAUAAUAUUCCCCUUGUCCCUACAAUGCUGGAGUCAUAGUGCCCAAUAUAUAUAAUAUUAUAUACAUAAUAUAAUUAGUAUUAUAAUUCAUAAUU